AGAGAUUGCGCUACGCGAGAGACAACCGUGCUGGCUGGAAAUAUGCGAGGCGGAUGUUUCUUGUGUGUGCAGUAGACGCAUCGCCGUGCGUCUUUACGCUCAGAGAUCACCCGGUCCUGAUCCCCCUCUUCACCGCUUCUCUCUCUCUCUCCUGUUUGUCCCACAGCAGCCUCACCUGCGAAGCCACAGCGGAGGACAGCGCAGCUCCUCAGCGGACACUUUGCUGACUGAGACACACCGGGACGGACACACAGAUACCUCAGCGUACUUUCACGAUGGAGGAGAGCCGGGCAGAGUAACUUCCAGCAGCAGCCCGUCAGUAUCCACACGCAGACUGUCAGAGAGGACUCUGAUGUUCACGAUGAGCCGAUAAAUUCCUGCUCGCCGUUGCUUUCUUCGGAGAGUGGAUUGACCGUCUCCUGACAGCAGAGGAGACGAGCAGAGAGGCCUUUAUUCGUUUGUUUCAGUCCUCAGAUGGACCGAGUGCCAACGGCACUGGCCGCUAAGAUGCGCUGGAUCACGCUGGUGUUUGCCGGCUUGACUUUCUGGGGCAAAGUGACUAUUUGUAACUGUUUCGACUACGAGGAGCCCGACUAUGAAUAUUAUGAAGAGGAGAGAGCGGAGACCAUUGACUACAAGGACCCGUGCAAAGCUGCUGUAUUUUGGGGAGACAUCGCUUUAGACGAGGAGGACCUGCGCAUGUUCCAGAUCGACAGGACGAUAGACCUGACGCAGCACACACACAUCCACACACACUCCCGACAGGGGCACACGUCUGGUGGCCUGGAGGAACACGAAACUGUGAAGAAGAGAGGAUCGUUAUACCUGCUGCUGGAAAGAAUACGUAGAUUUGGCUUUGACCUUCUCCCCAAGAAUGACAGCAAGGGAACUGCCAGUCCAAAGAGCCAAACUGGGAAAGGUGGGAAGACUGGGAAGGUCGUGAAGAGCCGUAUUCCUCGAGCAGCCACAUCCCGAGCUGAGAGGAUAUGGCCCGGAGGAGUCAUUCCCUACGUCAUAGGAGGAAACUUCACUGGUAGUCAGAGGGCCAUGUUCAAGCAGGCCAUGCGUCACUGGGAGAAGCAGACGUGCGUAACUUUCAUUGAGAAGACAGACGAGGAAAGCUACAUAGUGUUCACUUACAGACCCUGUGGGUGUUGUUCGUAUGUGGGUCGUCGCGGCAACGGGCCCCAGGCCAUCUCCAUAGGAAAGAACUGUGACAAGUUUGGCAUUGUGGUGCACGAACUGGGCCAUGUCAUUGGCUUCUGGCAUGAGCACACGCGGCCUGACCGUGACGAUCACGUGACCAUCAUCCGGGAUAACAUCCAACCAGGCCAGGAGUAUAACUUCCUCAAGAUGGAGCCAGGGGAGGUGAACUCUCUUGGGGAGCCAUAUGAUUUUGAUAGCAUCAUGCACUACGCCAGGAACACCUUCUCACGCGGGAUGUUCCUCGACACCAUCCUUCCAUCCAGAGAUGAAAACGGGGUCCGGCCUGCUAUCGGUCAGCGGACCAGGCUCAGUAAAGGAGACAUUGCACAGGCAAGGAAGCUGUAUAGAUGUCCAGCAUGCGGAGAAACACUCCAAGAGUCAACAGGCAACUUCUCAUCUCCUGGUUACCCCAACGGAUACCCUUCAUACACACACUGUGUCUGGAGAAUAUCUGUUACACCUGGAGAAAAGAUCGUUCUUAAUUUCACCACCAUGGAUCUGUACAAAAGCAGCCUGUGCUGGUACGACUACAUUGAGGUUCGGGAUGGAUACUGGAGGAAAGCUCCGCUGCUUGGUAGGUUUUGUGGAGAUAAAGUCCCUGAAGUCUUGAUUUCGAGCGACAGCAGAAUGUGGAUUGAAUUCCGCAGCAGCAGCAACUGGGUGGGGAAAGGCUUUGCUGCCAUUUAUGAAGCCAUCUGUGGAGGGGAAAUCACCAAGGACUCCGGCCAGAUUCAGUCUCCCAACUAUCCCGACGACUACAGACCCUCCAAAGAGUGUGUGUGGAGGAUCACUGUGUCCGAGGGAUACAACGUCGGGCUCAGCUUCCAGGCCUUUGAGGUGACUCAUUCCUUCUGUGUCUAUGUCUCUCUCGCCACCCUCCCUCUUUGUGCGUAUGCUUAGGAAUGUCUGGGUCAAAUUUCACGCUCGUAUAGCUGCUAGGAAGUUAAUAAAGGUGGCGGUGUGUGUGUGUGUGUUUGUGUGGUUUUUGUGUGUAUAAUCGCACAGAGACA